AUGCUUCUUAUUAUUUGUCUUGUUGGACUUAUGUUAUUGAUAUUUGUCUAUGGUCAUAUGAUUAUUGAUUGGAUUAUUGCAUGGAUUUUUCUGAGACAUUCUUUGAUUCGAUUCAAUAAACGACCUAUUCGAAUUCUUCUUGUAAGACAUGGCCAGUCUGAGGGAAAUGUUGAUCCAGGAAUUUUAACCACUAAACCAGAUCAUGAACUUAUUCUUACUUCUCUUGGUGAACAACAAGCUAUGGAAGCAGGAAAAAAGAUUGUAAAGUUGAUUAAUAAUGAAUCCCUGUAUGUUUAUUUAAGUCCUUAUCGACGUGGAUUACAAACAUGGGAAGGUAUUUAUAAAUCUUUAGAGGAUUCUCAAAUAAUAACAAUAAGACAAGAUCCUCGAUUACGUGAACAAGAAUUUGGUAAUUUUACUGAUCUUUCAAUUCGAGAUAAUGAAGUAGCUGAACGACAACGUGUUGGUCGAUUCUUCUAUCGUUUUCGUACUGGUGAAAGUGGAGCAGAUGUAUAUGAUCGUGUUUCACUCUUUCUUGAUAUGAUUUUUCAUGAAAUGGACAAUGGAUAUCAUGAUAAAACACAAAAUAUAUUAAUCGUUUCACAUGAAGUUUUUAUUCGUCUUUUACUUAUGCGUUAUUUUCGUAUGACAGUUGAUGAACAUAUGAAUAUUCAACGUUUUGAUAAUGGUGAACUUGUCAUCCUAGAGAAAAACAACGGCAUUUAUACAAUGAAAAAUCAACUUUCUCUGCCAACAAAAACAUCGUAA